AUGUCUGCCAUCCUUCGAAAGACUUUCCGUACCGUCAGGCACCUGCCACGUCUCUUUUCGCGUGCUUCUGAAAAGGAUGACCUGGACUCCCAGCGUGAGCAGGUGCUAUCCAACCUCUGGGUCACGUAUAAGGUGACAAGGGCGAUGGAGCUCGAUCAGAUCUUGAUGGAUCCAGAGCAGUUAUCGAGGCUUGGCGUCCUAAUCUUACCUCUUGGCCUCACCAGUGACCCUGACAACGAUCUUGAUAUCCCUCCAGCUCUGAAUCCGGCCAGUUACUUUGUCCCUCUCACGUACGACUACAUCCACGAGCACCCCGUGGAUCUCUCCGAUCCAGAAACCGCUGAAAGGUUCAAUAAUACCGCAGAUGUGCUAAAGCCGGAAUUCAUGCUAUUCAGAAAUGAGCCGCUCUCAUCUUCCGCUGUUGCUGGUGAGCUUUCCUACUGGCUCAAUCUCGAGAUGUCAAGCUCCCGGUUGAAUUGCGAAGACGAGACACAGAAGCUCACUUGGUUGAACAAGUGGCGAGAAACGGACCAUUCCAACCUGGAACCUGUUUUCGAAAAAGAUGGGGUGGUCUUCUCUACCCAAAUCUCGUGGGACCUCGAAGGUCUUUAUGUCUGCCGGAUUCGACCCUUACCACCCCAUGUCAAAGCCAUCCUCAGCCACGGCGAUGUUGACAACUCGGAACACACUCUGCUAAAGGCUGAGCUAAAAGUCAUUCUGGCACUUAUGUAUUCCCGGUGGUCUAUGGAAGGCCUGCUCGAUAUGGUUGUUCCGGUAAUGCUUGUCUCCUUCCUUGGACGCAAGGUACGGUGUUUGAUUGCCAUACACGAUGGGCAUCAGCUUCGCAUCUCGAAAACUCCUCUCUACUUGGCUGAAAACAACGAGAUCAGGCGACAUGUUGUCAGAUAUAUGGGUGGGGGGAUAAACAAGAAGCUCGAUACAAAGAGGCUGCCGGUGGUCGAUGUGGUAGAAGGCUAGGAGUUGCAGUCUGCGUGGAGUUUUCACGGUCACUUGCGAUAAAUUCGUACUGUACUUGUCGUUUUUCUUCCUUUUUCCUCGUCUUCUGCUUCCUCACUCUUUCUCUGAAAAGUUCAGAAAAUGGGCAAUGUGCAGCGGCUCAACAGCUUGAUGCUCUAUUACUUGUAUUUGUCCACUCUGAGUAGCACGUGAGGGUCACGAGGAUGUGGCUUAAUGCAUAGAAGGGUGCAAUUUCCUG